CGUCAGAUCCAAAUCCAGUAACAAGUCUCCGAUCCAGAUUCAAAUCAAGACAAUAUUUCCAAACCAAUCACAUGACGCCACAUCACAAAACGACAUUUCCACCAUACACAAUUGCCCAUACUGAACCCUAAUGAAAUGACCAAAAUACCCAUCCCAAUCCUGCUCUUUAUCUAACUAACAUUUCCGAAUGCAAAUCACACUCAGUUUUCAUUCACAGAACUCAGAGAGUCUCUCUCUCUCAUGGCGUCUAUGGCUUCCCUUCUCCAUCGAAAGCUCCAACACCAACACAAUCACAAUCACAAACCUUUCUUCUUCUUCUUCCAAUCACGCUUAUUCUCCGACUCUGCUUCUUCUUCUUCACAGAGCAUAGAGAAAAUUCUCGUGGCGAACAGAGGCGAAAUCGCUUGCCGAAUCAUGAGGACCGCGAAGAGGCUAGGGAUUCGGACCGUCGCGGUGUACAGCGACGCAGACCGUGACGCGCUUCAUGUCAAAUCGGCCGACGAGGCCGUCCUUAUCGGUCCUCCACCGGCUCGGUUGAGUUACCUCAACGCGUCGUCGAUUGUCGACGCUGCGUUUCGCACUGGUGCGCAGGCUAUCCACCCUGGCUAUGGUUUCUUAUCGGAGAGUGCUGAUUUUGCUCAAAUUUGUGAGCAUAGAGGUCUUAAAUUUAUCGGCCCUCCAGCAUCUGCAAUCCGUGACAUGGGUGAUAAAAGUGCAUCAAAGAGAAUAAUGGGUGCUGCCAGGGUACCACUUGUGCCUGGAUAUCAUGGCAAUGAACAAGAUAUAGAUCUGAUGAAGUUAGAAGCAGACAAGAUUGGGUACCCAAUCAUAAUAAAACCAACUCAUGGAGGAGGAGGAAAGGGUAUGAGGAUUGUAAACAGUCCAAAUGAAUUUGUUGAAUCUUUCUUGGGAGCACAACGUGAGGCUGCUGCUUCUUUUGGCAUAAACACAAUAUUGCUGGAGAAAUAUAUCACACAGCCAAGGCACAUAGAAGUUCAGAUAUUUGGGGACAAACACGGGAAUGUUCUUCAUUUAUAUGAAAGGGAUUGCAGUGUGCAGAGAAGACACCAGAAGAUAAUUGAAGAAGCUCCAGCUCCAAAUGUUUCCAUUGAUUUCCGCUCCCACUUGGGUCAAGCUGCUGUUUCUGCGGCCAAGGCAGUUGGAUAUCACAAUGCUGGCACUGUGGAGUUUAUAGUUGACACAACCUCAGGCCAAUUUUAUUUUAUGGAGAUGAACACCCGUCUUCAGGUUGAGCAUCCUGUGACUGAGAUGAUUGUUGGUCAAGAUCUUGUAGAGUGGCAAAUCCGUGUUGCAAAUGGAGAAGCUCUUCCCAUGAGUCAGUCACAGGUGCCGUUAUCAGGUCAUGCUUUCGAAGCCCGAAUAUAUGCUGAAAAUGUAGCGAAAGGUUUUCUUCCUGCAACUGGAGUUCUUCAUCAUUAUCGUCUUGUUCCAGUGUCAUCAACAGUUCGGGUUGAGACUGGGGUUGAACAAGGAGACACUGUUAGCAUGCAUUAUGAUCCUAUGAUUGCUAAGCUUGUAGUAUGGGGAGAAAAUCGUGCUGCAGCAUUAGUAAAAUUAAAGGAUUGCCUCUCAAAGUUUCAGGUUGCAGGUUUACCAACCAAUAUCAAUUUCCUCCAAAAACUUGUGAAACAUUGGGCAUUUGAGAAUGGCGAUGUAGAAACUCAUUUCAUUGAACACUUUAAAGAUGAUCUCUUUGUUUCUCCUACGAAUGCAGUAUCAGCAAAAGAAGCACAUGAAGCUGCUAGAUUUAAUGCGGCCCUAGUAGCUGCAUGUGUUAUCUCAAUGGAACAUUCUCUAUCGAAAGAAAAUUCCCCUGCAGGCAACAACUCACUCUCCAUAUGGUAUUCGUCCCCACCUUUCAGAGUUCAUCAUUGUGCUAGGCAUACAAUGGAAAUUGAAUGGGAGAAUGAAUAUGAUAGCACUGGUUCAAAUGUCCUUACACUCUCUAUUACUUAUAAGCCAAAUGGAAACUAUCUGAUUGAGACAGGAGAAAAUUGCUCCCCUGGUUUUGAAGUCAAAGCAACACAUCUAGGUAACCAUGAUUUCAGAGUUGAAGCUGAUGGUGUAAGCAUGGAUGUCAGUUUAGCUGUUUACUUCAAGGAUCAAACAAAGCACAUACACAUAUGGUGUGGGUCACAUCAUCAUCAAUUCAGACAGAAAAUAGGACGUGAGUUGUCUGGUGAUGAUGAAGCCCAACAUAAGCCCAGUUUUGAUACAGCAUCCCAACCCCAGGGAACUGUUGUGGCCCCCAUGGCUGGUUUAGUAGUCAAAGUUCUGGUGAAGGACGGGACAAAAGUGGAGGAAGGGCAACCCAUAUUAGUCUUGGAGGCAAUGAAGAUGGAGCAUGUUGUAAAGGCACCAUGUACUGGGUGUGUCCAUGGGCUUGUAGUUACAGCUGGCCAGCAAGUUUCUGAUGGUAGUGUUCUCUUCAGUGUCAAGGAUCAGUAGAACCAUCAUGAUGACGAGAGAUUAUAUGUGCUUGGGCAGGAUCAGUAGAACCAUCAUGAUUUUACAUUCUCUCUCCUGACAAAUAUUGAUCGAGCUCGUAAGAAUUGUGCUCAAAUGAGGAGUCAGCGGAAGCUCUAACUACACUUCUGUUGUAAUAAAAUUGAUGUAUAUCCCUUGUUUACUAGAUAAAAUAAAAUUUUACCAUCAUCAAGAUGUAAUAAUAGAACUUUUGCAGGCCUUUCAGUAAUGAAAAGUAAAAAUUGUAGUGUUCUUGUUC